GCUCCGCGCUGCACGUCCUCAACAUCUCCCAGGACCUGAUGGAGUUUUUAAAUCCAAACAGCAGUGACUGUACAAUGGUCCUGUUCUACACUCCUUGGUGUCGUUUCUCCGCCAACCUGGCUCCUCAUUUUAAUUCUUUGCCUCGAGCAUUUCCAACUCUUCGUUUUGUGGCACUGGAUGCAUCUCAGCAUAGCAGUUUAUCAACCCGAUUUGGAACUGUGGCGGUUCCUAAUAUCCUUCUUUUCCAAGGAGCUAAACCUAUGGCCAGAUUUAAUCAUACGGAUCGGACCCUGGAAACAUUGAAGGCAUUUAUUUUUAAUCAAACAGGAAUAGAAGCUAAACCUGAUGUGGUGGUGACUGAGGAAGACCGAGAGGGCCCCCUACCGAGCAUUCUGACAAAAGGAGUAGAUUGGCUACUUUUAUUUUCCUUACUAUUUCUGGCUAGUUUUAUUAUGUAUGCCACCAUUCGGACUGAGAGCAUUCGGUGGUUGAUACCAGGACAAGAACAGGAGCAUCAGGAUUAAGUUCUUGAGUUCUCAGAAUGAAAUGAGGGCAC